AUGGGAUAUAUAUCUUAAAUCUUUAAAUAAGUGAAUAAAACAUUCGCAUAAAUAGAUAAACUACACCAAAGCAGAGCACGCACACACUAUUUUUGACAAAGAAGUCAUGCCUUCAGAAUUAGGAAACUUCCUCAAAAUUCUUCUCAUCAUCUUCUUUGUUUCAUUCUCUAAUAUUUUAGCUGCCACAAUCAACCAAAAUGACCACGAAAAGAAAUUUUACAUUGUUUACUUGGGAAAUCAUCCACCAGAUGAUGAAGCUACGGCAAAUCGAGCACAUAUUGAUGUACUCUCUAAUCUAAAAGGAAGUGAAUUCGAAGCAAGAGAAUCAAUAGUUCAUAGUUAUCAUAGAAGCUUCAACGCGUUUGCUGCAAAAUUAUUCAAUCAUGAAGCAAAAUCAUUGUCUGAUAUGGAAGAGGUGCUAUGGAUAUUCGAAAACAAAUAUCACAAGCUGCACACAACAAGAUCAUGGGAUUUUAUUAGAUUUCCUCAAUCAGCUAAGAGAAAAUUGAAGACUGAGAGUAAUAUCAUUGUUGGUCUUUUUGAUACAGGAAUCACUCCAGAGUCAGAGAGCUUUAAGGAUGAUGGGCUUGGACCACCCCCAGCAAAAUGGAAAGGAACUUGUAAUCACCAUGCUAAUUUCUCUGGUUGCAACAACAAAAUCGUAGGAGCCCGGUACUUCAAACUCGACAACGUCCCAGACCCUUCCGACAUCCUCUCCCCCAUCGACGUCGAAGGCCACGGCACACACACCUCCUCAACCCUCGCCGGAACCCUAGUUCCCGAUGCUAACCUCGCAGGCCUCGCCGCCGGAACUGCGCGCGGCGCCGUCCCCUCCGCCAGAAUUGCCGUCUACAAAGUAUGCUGGGCUUCCUCCGGUUGCUCCGACAUGGACAUUCUCGCCGCCUUUGACCACGCCAUCUCCGACGGCGUUGACUUAAUCAGUAUCUCAAUUGGUGGGCCAUCUUCCGGUUAUGUUUCCGACUCCAUUUCAAUUGGGUCUUUUCAUGCUAUGAGAAAAGGGAUUCUUACUGUGGGAUCUGCUGGAAAUGAUGGGCCCACUUCUGGGACUGUUGCGAAUCAUGCUCCUUGGAUGUUGAGUGUUGCUGCUAGUGGGAUUGAUCGUGGGUUUCGUAGUAAGGUUUCUCUUGGUAAUGGAAACUCAAUUUCGGGAGUCGGGAUAGACUUGUUUGAUACUGGGAAAUCAUAUAGUCUUGUUAGUGGUGAGGAUGCAGCAAAGAAUUCAGAUAACAAGGAAAAUGCAAGAUACUGUAUGGAAGAUUCAAUGAGCCCUUCCAAGGUUAAAGGAAAGCUUGUUCUAUGCAAGCUACAGGACUGGGGUGUUGAUUCAGUGGUGAAAGGAAAUGGGGGCGCUGGUGCUAUCGUCACAAGUUCAAGGUUUCUUGAUGUUGCUAUGAUAUUCAUGGCACCAGGAACCAUAGUUAAUUAUACUGUUGGUGAAAAGAUUUAUGACUACAUCCAUAAAUCAAGCUCACCAACAGCAACAAUAUACAGAUCCCAGGAGGUAAAUAUUUCAGCUCCAUUUAUUGGUUCAUUUUCAUCUCGAGGUCCAAAUCCAGGAUCUUUACGUCUUCUCAAGCCGGAUAUUGCUGCUCCUGGAGUUGAUAUUUUGGCAGCCUAUACCCCCUUGAAGUCAUUGACUGGAUUAAAAGGUGACAACCAACAUUCAAAAUUCACUCUCAUGUCUGGAACAUCCAUGGCAUGUCCCCAUGUUGCUGGGGUUGCUGCCUAUGUCAAGUCAUUUCAUCCAAAUUGGUCGCCUGCUGCCAUUAGGUCUGCCAUCAUUACCACUGCGAGGCCUAUGAGCUCAAGGUUCAAUAAAGAUGCUGAAUUUGCUUAUGGUGCUGGUCAAGUGAAUCCACUCAAAGCAAGGAGUCCUGGCUUAGUGUAUGAUAUGGAUGAAAUGCCUUACAUUCAAUUUCUGUGCAAGGAGGGGUAUAGUGGGGCUUCUUUGUCCGUUCUUGUUGGUUCAAAAUCCAUCAAUUGUUCUGCUUUGCUUCCCGCAUUUGGCCAUGAUUCUCUCAAUUAUCCUACAAUGCAGCUGAACUUGAAGAACAAGCAAGAGCCAGUAAUGACAGUGUUCCGCAGAAGAGUUACCAAUGUGGGUCCCUCAAAUAUAGUCUACAAUUCCAUUAUAAGAGCCCCCAAAGGUGUGAAUAUUACUGUUAAACCUACAAGUCUAUCAUUUUCUCGUGCCUUGGAGGUGCAGAGUUUCAAGGUUGUGGUGAAAGCAAAUCCCCUUUCAGGUGCAAAAAUCUUGUCAGCUUCUCUCAUUUGGAAAAGCUCCCGUCAUGUUGUUAGGUGUCCAAUUGUCAUUUAUAAAACAUAGAAGUAUAUAUUUAGAUGUAUGAGAACAAAGAAGAGAGGUGAUACCUUUAAUUAUUUGUUAGUAACCAAUAGGAUGUAUGUUAUAUUAGGUUUGUAUAUAACAGUGGACUCAUAGUUGAAUAAAUUAUGUUGACUGGAUCUGUCCUUCAGUUCUGAAAGUAGUUUCUAUUACUCGUGUAAAAGAUUUUCAGAACAUCCUUGCUUGAUACUUGUACUAUGUACAGUAUAUGUUUUCGUAUUCGCUGAUCAAGCAUUGUUUCCUUUGUAAUUGCAAUGCUGUAAAUGGAGAUUAAAAUUAUGUCAGGGAUCAAAUUUACCGA